AUGGAUGCAUAUAUGACAGUUGUUGUAUUACAUUAUUUGCUAGAAAUUACUCAUGCACUUGUGAUACCAGGUUGGAAAGUUUGUGUUUCCGGCAAUUUUGUCAUUCUGGACUGCCAAGUUGAUGAAGAGAUCCCUAUAAUUUUGGGGAGGCCAUUCUUGGCCACAGGAAGAGCUCUGAUUGACUGUGAAACUAGGAAGCUAAAGAUGAGACUAAAUGAUGAAGAAAUAACGUUCAACAUGCAGAAGUCUAUGCGCCGACCUAGUGAGUACGCUAACUGCUCUCUGAUUGAAGUUGUGGAUGUGAUUCUGGAGGAGGAAGAUAAGGCACUCAACGCAAAAAAACCCUCUAGCAGUCUGCCUGAUAAACUUAGAAGAGAAUUUGACUUGGAAAUAUGUGACCGAAAGGGAAUGGAGAACCUAGUCGUUGAUCAUUUGUCUAGGCUGGAAAGAGCAGAGAAGAAGGUUGAGGUAGAAGAAAUUUUGGACACUUUCCCGGAUGAACAACUGUUGGCCACGAGCCUUGAGGAAGUGGAAGUGUUUGACAUAUGGGGAAUCGAUUUCAUGGUGCCUUUCAUCAUCUCAUAUGGCAACAAGUACAUACUUGUAGCUAUGGACUAUAUGUCAAAAUGGGUGGAAGUUGUGGCACUCCCUACAAAAGAUGCAAAAGGAGUCAUUGGUUUUUUGAGAAAGAAUAUAUUUACCCGAUUUGGCAUUCCAAGGGCAAUAAUCAGUGAUGGAGGCACUAACUUCUGCAAUCGAGCUUUCACAAAGUUGUUAGAAAAAUACGGUGUUCGCUACAAGGUUGCCACCACAUAUCACCCACAAACAAGCAGGCAAGUGGAGGUGUCAAACAGAGAGAUAAAGAGUGUUGGACAAAGGUCGUGA